AUGACCGAAACAACCCUCCCCCUAAGCCUCAAGCAGAGCCUCGAGGCCACAAAAGUCUCGUACACCCAGCUGGGCAAGUCCGGCCUUCGAGUCUCGGUUCCGAUCCUGGGCGCCAUGUCCUUUGGCCACAAGGACUGGCAGCCAUGGGUCGUCGACAACGAAGAGCAGGUAGAAGCCCUUCUCAAAGGCGCAUAUGACCGUGGUCUAAACACCUGGGACACGGCCAACGUCUACUCGAACGGGGUCAGCGAAGAGAUGAUCGGACGAGUGAUCAAGAAGUUCAACAUUCCCCGACACAAGCUCGUUCUGCUGACCAAGUGCAAUGGCUACGUGGGUGAAGAGCCUGCUGUUCGGGACCUUCUGUUCCCCAAAGAGAUUAGAAGCAGCAAGGACUACGUUAAUCAGGGUGGGCUCUCGCGUGCUGCCAUCUUCAAUGCUGUCGAUGCGAGUUUGAAACGGUUGCAGACGAAUUAUAUUGACCUGCUUCAAAUUCAUCGUUACGAUUACACGGUCCCCCCAGAAGAGACGAUGAAAGCUCUCCACGACCUGGUCCAAUCCGGCAAAGUACGCUACAUUGGCGCGAGCUCGAUGUGGACGUACCAGUUUGCCACGCUGCAGUUCAUCGCAGAGAAAAACGGCUGGACCAAGUUCGUCAGCAUGCAGAACCACUACUCGCUCUGCUACCGCGAAGAAGAACGGGAGAUGAACCGAUUCUGCCGUGAGACGGGCGUGGGGCUGAUUCCCUGGGCGCCUCUCUACCGAGGGCACCUUGCCCGGCCCUGGGGCCAGGAACCGACAACGCGUACCCUGACGAAUCCCCUGGCAAGAGAUGUCACGGAAACCGAUAUCAAGAUCAUCCAAAGAGUGCAGGAGCUGGCGGAGAAGAAGGGUUGGAAGAUGAGCCAAGUGGCACUGGCCUGGAUCAUUCAGAAGGGCACCAUCCCCAUUGUUGGAUUCAGCAAUCUGGAGCGACUGGAUGAGGCGGUCGAGGUUCGAGGCAAGACCUUGACGGAUGAAGAGAUUAAAUACCUAGAGGAACUCUAUGUGCCGAAGAAUGUUGUGGGUCAUUUUUAG